AUGGACCCAAAACCAACAGCUUUCGUCCCCAAACACCUUCGAAUUGUUGUCAUCGGUGCAGGGUGCGCAUGUGAUAUACCAUCUCACGCCUACCAAUAUAGCUGGAACCCGAAUCCUCGAUGGAGUCGUCUCUAUGCUGAGGCCCCCGAAAUAUUGAACUACCUGAAGUCGACAGUUGACAAGUUCGAUCUACGGAGGCACAUGAUAUUCAACACAGAAUGUGUCGCUGCCACUUGGGACGACAGUCUGUCAGAAUGGACCAUCUCCUUGGAAAGGAACGAAAUUCCUAGCCGAAAGAUCCAGGUCAAGUGCGACAUUUUCGUCAGUGCUGUAGGCCGGCUGAAUAAUUGGAAACUACCACAAGUGGAAGGCCUUGAUCAAUUUCGGGGUCCUGUUAUACACACAGCGAAUUGGCCGGAACAUUUCGAUUUCCAAGACAAGGAUAUUGCUAUUAUUGGGAAUGGGGCAAGUUCAGUCCAAUGUCUAGCGGCAAUGUGCAAAGACGUAAAAUCUAUCGGCAACUUCAUCCGUGGGCCAACAUGGCUCGUGCCGCAUGUGUUCUCCCAGAACGGAGAGUCACAGGUGAUUUACCCCAAAGAACUCAUUAGGCAUUUAGAAGAUGAUCAUGAAGCCUACUUUCAUUUCCGCCUGCAGAUUGAACAACAGCUCGCUGGCAGCUUCAAAGGACUUUGGGCGGAUUCAAGAGCCGCAGAAGACUUCACAGACUUAGCGGAAAGGCAUAUGAGCAAAAAUAUCAAGGAUCCGCAGAGCCUCAAAGCUUUGCUUCCGACCAGAUACAAAGCUGGUUGUCGGCGAUUCACACCAGCUGAUCGGUACAUGGAGGCUCUGAAUCAGGCGAACGUUGAACUCAUUCCCGAGCCAAUUGAGCGAGUGGACGAGAAUCUCGUAUAUACAAGUGAUGGAAAAGUCCGCAGAUACGACGCUAUUGUCUGUGGUACAGGAUUUGACCCAUAUACUCCGAGGUUUCCAGUCAUCGGACGCGAUGGAGCCCAAUUAUCUCAGCUCUGGUCCCAUGAGGGUGGGCACCAAAGCUAUUUGGCAGUGUCAGUAGCCGGAUUCCCGAACUUUUUUGUUUUCAACCCCCCGAUAUGCCCAGUGAAUGGCUCAGCUUAUCCUGGCAUUAGCAGAGCCAGUGAAUAUAUGAUUAAGGUCAUUGACCGACUGCAAAAAGACCGGCUCAAAUCAGUCGCUGUGAAAGCUUCUGCUCAGGUAGAAUUCAACCAGUGGGUUCAAUCACGUAUGCAUGAGAUGGUUUGGACUGGGUCAUGUUCAUCAUGGUACAAGCUUGCAAAUGGUAAGGUUAUUGUUCCGUGGCCCGGAACCAUCUUGCAUUAUUACGCGGCGACUGAGAUAGUUCGGUGGGAGGAUUACGACUUGAGGUUUGAGCAGGAUGGUCAGAAAUUCGCUAGUUUUGGUAACGGUAUCAGUAUUGAAGGGUUCAAUCCUAGCAGCGUUCCUUGGCUAAAUCAGAGCUAUACUUUGUGA